AUGAGUCCUGAGAGUCCAGAGCAAGAAGAAGCCCCGCUAUUGACGAAUCAAACGACUCCAAAGAAAACACCAAAGACUUCAAUAUGUAGCCAAGCUCCUUCACUGAUCGAACCGGAUCUGAUAAUCCGAAAUCCGACAUUUCAAUCUCUAUCGAACGAUUUGUAUAUUUGUUCUCCUGUAGAAGAGACUCAACCCUCUUUUCCCGAAUCGAUUCGCUUAGAAAUGCCGGAGGAUUUCGAUGAUGACGGAGAGCUUGAAGAGGAUAAUCACAAUAUUCAGAUAAUGAAACCGCCGGAUAUCAUGGAUGAAGUUGAAUUGCAACAUGUGACAAUCGAAAUCCCAGAUGAAGAGCCGAAACGGCGACGGAGUCGAGUGAGGGAAAGUUUUGAUGAAGAUAGAGUUCCCCGAAAGUUCCGCGAAAAAAAACUCGUUUAUGCGACCGAUGCGAAGAAGUUGUACGAAACAUAUCAAGAGGAAUGGGGACGACUCGAGCGAUUGUCGGCUCGCCUUGGUCCCCGUAGAAAGUCAGUGUUGGCGUUGGCCUCAUCCCCCACGAGACAGGACAGUUACAGUGGCGAUGAAGGGCCGUCAACAUCCCGUCAACCCUCACCCCAUAGAGAUAGUCGUGAUAGUGGAGAAUCGAGUAAUGUCAGCAGAAAAUCG